UUCUUUCCCAAUAACUCUCUCAACCCACCUUCCCCACUUUAUCCGGCCACAUUUACUCUCGCCACUCACCUUCCCCACUCGCGUUCUCUCUCUCUGCAACGUGCGAACAUCUUCUUCUGGCUUAAGGGCAUGGAAUCCUUCACCAACCCUACACCUCCCGCAGAUGAACAACCCGUUUUUGUGUCACCAUCGAAAUCAGACUCCAAACGGCUAUCCAUUUCUGAUGGCCACCCACCUGUAACAAACCCUAGCCCCUGUGGUUCUGAAAAAGGAUCGAUCACCCAUUCUCAAAUUGUUCCCCUCGAAUACACUGAUGACAAUGAAGAAUCUGACCAUGCAUGUGGGUGGUCAACAUCAUCGGACACCGAUCCAUGUUGGAAGCUGCGGAAGUGGUAUGGAUCCCAGUGCGCUGAGUCUCAAGAAUCGAUUGAAGAAGGCGAGGAGGUUAACUCCUUCGACUGGCUGUUUCCAGAUCCCUAUGCGGAUGUAUUUCGGGACACUCCUUAAGGGAAGUCUCUGUAAUCCUACAGUAUGUGUAUUGCGUAUGGUUUUUGCCCAAUUCGAAACUGAAAUUGUGCUUAUUGGCUAAUUAAUCUGACAAAUGAUGAAAUUAC